AUGGCCGAAACACCGUGUUUCUUCGGACUGACGACUGUCCGCGUGGGCACACGCGUCGUGGCUUAUUUACAAUUCUGGUCACAAUUGUUCGUUGUCACGCUGUUGAUGUUUAAAUAUUUCAAUCAUUGGUUGGACACGGAUGCUAGUCCGACUACUGCGAAUACGAAUGUGACAGCUUCGAACGAGACUGCAGUGACGUCGACAGCGAUGAAAUAUUACAGCGAAUUGGAUUUCGACAUCUCGAUAUUUUCACAACUGUCGGGUUCACUACUGGUUAUAUACACUAGUUACUAUUUGAGAAUAGCUACGUACACUCACAACUUAAUGUACAUCAAUUUUUGGAUGAUACUCAACAGUCUUAAUUUCCUCACAUCAGUAGCGUUUAUCAUUUUCGCUGCUUGGAGAAUUGGAAAAUGUGCAAUAUUUUUAACAGGGUUGAUUGGAUGCUUCGCAAAAGCAUAUAAAUUAUACGUUGUCUAUCAAUUUUACACGGACGAAACAUUGCCAGUCACAGUCAACGAUAGCCAAAACCCGGUCAGCAAUGGAGUUCAGUCGUUACCUCGAAAUCACGCAGCUGUGGAAAUUAGAACAGAAACAAUCAGUGCAAACGAUCACCGCCGGCCCACUUAG